AUGAAUGAUGAAUAGUUGGUUUUAAAGCUACAUAAAAAUGGAUCAGUUAAUGAAAAUACAGGAUCAAAGAUGAUGAGAUAAAAAUUAGGUGAUAGAGGUAGAGUAGAGAGCGAGAGAGUUACAAGCAAUUCGCCAGAUCCUAGAGGAACUGGCUAGAAAAAUAUAACUCCUAAAAAAAGUGCUCUUAAUGUAGGUGGUGCCAAAGAAAGCAAAUACUAAUAACCAAAGGGCGUUAGAGACAGUGUUGAAGAUGAUGAAAUUGAUUGGGUUUUAUAAGAAAAUUAGCCUUAGCCUAGAAAGAGCAAAUUCGAUAUUUAGGAUGCUAGAGAAACAAGUCCUGAUGGUGGUAGCAGUGGUUUGAAGUUCCUAUAGGACGAUGAUAUCCCUACUACACUUGGCAAGAAAAACCCUUAAAAAGAUAGAUCUUAAAAGAUGAAACAACUAGACUAAACUAAGAGAGUAACCUAAAAGAAGUUAGAAACCAAUUUAUCCGAAGAACAAGAGGGAAAGAAAACACCAAGAUAUGGACAAUGA